AUGGCUCUAUGCUGGACCGAAAACGGCAUAAAAGCUACCGUGGGCUGCAUGCAGACUCUGCCGUGGCCACUCGCCGGAACCGGUGCAAGCAACGAAACUCAAACCCUGGUAGAUUUGACUCAGAGAUCAAACAUAUACGUACGAUAUCCUCCCAAUAUCACUGUUAUCAGCGCCACCAAUGUCUCCGGAGGACUUGAUGCUCCCGCUCUCAACCAUGUUUGCCGAGCUUCAAGGGACUACCCUGACCAUCAUAGAGGUCUUCAUCACUCUCUGCUCGACCUUGCUGACCAUAUGCCAGCACUCACCAACGGACGUUGUUAG